AUGGAGGCUGAUGGAGAGCCGUUUCGCACCUUCUGGUCCUUGGCGGAGCUUCAGAAGGCUUUUGCAGCCAUUCGUGCUGACGAGGAGGCCAUAGAGAUCUGGUUGCAGACAGACUUCGAGGAGAACAGGGAUCAAACCCCGGCUAUGGAGGACGACACCCAUGCUUCCGUGACGGUGAUUGUGGAUGCUAUCCGUGGUGCGGGUGUGUCUGCACAGCAAAGGGUUAGGCUGUUCCUCUUAGCUUUGGAUCCUGGUUCCCCUGGAACAGAGCUGGAUCGGGAUCUGGAGUUCCUUAGGAGGCGAAACAGGGACAAGGAGCCUGGUGCUGAUGGAAAGAUAUGGAGAGCAUGGUGCUUAACUGUGCAUUCAAUUAGCCAGGAUUGCGGGGCCAUUGCCCUAAAUUAUGAGACUGGUUUGUCAUUUUUGAAGGCAAGUACUAAUGGUCUGUUUAUUGCUUGUUUUGUUUCUUUAGCUCUGUUAGUGGGGUUGCCAAGAUAUGGAGUAUAUGUUGCAUUUUCUCCUGUAAGUGACAAUGUAGCAACUGCCUCAGCUGAUCGUACUGCAAAGUUGUGGAACACAGAUGGCACUUUAUUGAGAACAUUUGAAGGUCAUUUAGACCGCCUAGCUCGUAUUUCCUUCCAUCCAUCUGGGAAGUACUUGGGCACUACAAGUUUUGACAAAACUUGGCGUUUGUGGGAUAUCGAAAGUGGUGCUGAGUUGCUUCUUCAAGAAGGCCAUAGCAGGAGUGUUUAUGCCAUAUCUUUCCAUCCGGAUGGAUCAUUGUUAGCAUCAUGUGGACUGGAUUCUCUUACACGUGUCUGGGAUCUUCGAACAGGGAGAAGUAUUCUUGCUUUGGAAGGCCACAUCAAACCUGUAAAUUUCUUCUCUUGUCAUUAA